AUGGUAUCCGAGUUUGGAAGCUCUCCCAAGAGAGAGCCCACGCCAACUCUCCCUUUAUCUUCCAUCCCUCAGAAGCGCUCUCUCGAAGAGGGCCGUCAUAGUCCUAUCGUGCCCUCGCCAUUGAACCCCGAGGUCAAACCUUCCGACUCCCUAGCCCCCGAAGAUGCCUCGCAAGCAGCGCGGUCGAAGUCGGUGCGCACCAAGAAAGAGACACUGAAGAAACGCGAAUCCAAAGGUGCCGACAGCGCUCGUGCGACUCCAGAUCCAAAACCAAAAACAACAAAGCAGCAAAAGAAACAAAGCGAGUCUAGUCCAUUCCGCUACAAGCUUGCGCCUCCCAAAUUGUCUGACUUCGACCCUCCUCGUGGCCCUGUCAUGACCACGCAUCAUGAGAUCACAACACAUGAUGGUCAGACCGUUGAAUUCUUUGAGACGUCAGACCAUGUCUCCAAUAAGAAAAGCUUCCGCUAUACCCACUGUAUCGCCGACCCUCUCUUCCCUUCGACCAUCUACUAUCGAGGCACGGAACCAGAGCCAUAUGGCCCCCGCAUGAGCUUCGAAGACUCGGCAGGGCAUGUCUACUUUGACAAGACAGCCCGGCAAGUCACAACCGACAAGGGAUUUCGCAUGGCGCGGGCGAACGUUGCUGUCAGAGAGGGUAGAUGGUACUGGGAAUGCAAAAUCACUAAAGGAGUUCGGCCGCCUAAGAAUGGUGAAUCCAAACCAGAAGGCGGGCAACACGUGCGCAUGGGCUGGGCGAGACGAGAGGCAUCGCUCGAUGCCCCAGUCGGGUUUGAUGCCUACAGUUAUGGCCUCCGCGAUGUUGCAGGCGAAAAGGUGCACAUGUCACGACCCAAGGAGUUUUUUCCUGCCGGGGAGGGGAUUCGAGAAGGCGAUGUGAUCGGUCUCGAGAUUCAGCUGCCAUCAGAAAACUUGCACCGCAAGAUCAUGACCGGGCACUAUAAUCCAGUGGUUGAUCAAACAGAUGAUGAGCCUCUACCUACGGCUGAAGGGCGCAACAUCGUCCGAGAUCGCGUUCCCAUUCGUUUCAAGGCACACACGUACUUCGAAAGAGUCGAAUACCACCCUGUUAAGGAAUUGGAAGAUCUCAUGAACCCAACAGGAUUAGGUAGUGGUGUCUCAGAAGACCCCGGACCGAAUCACCCAUCUCCCAGUCUCCGGACUCUCCCCAACUCUUGUAUCCGCGUAUACAAGAACGGUGUUCUCGUAGGAACCCCUUUCGAAGACCUACUAGGUUUCCUCCCACCAGCUUCUCGCCCUCAGGCACAGGUUGGUGGUCGCGACGGUCUCGACGAUGGUAUGCUCGGAUACUACCCUGCGGUGAGUGUCUUCCGAGGAGGUGCCGUAGAGGUCAAUUUCGGCCCCGACUUCUGGUAUCCUCCUCCAACCGAUUCUGCUACGGAUGGUGGUCCCAAUUUCGUCCGGUCUGGUACUCGCCGCCUGAACGAGCUGCAUCCUGUAAGCGAGCGCUACCACGAUCAAAUCGCAGAGGAUAUUGUCUACGAUAUCAUUGACGAGGUUGACUUUUGGUCCCAAGACGGUGGCGGUGCGACGGAUAGGCAAGGUGUGAACGAUAAGAGCGAGGCUGUCGCCAUGGCUCCCGGGCGAGAAGAGAUUAAGGAAUUGGUACAAGACGACUGA